AUGAACCUAACGUUGAAUCCCAUCACGUUUCUGAGCGAGAUACAAGAGAUGGGGGAUCCCAGGACCAGGAACUACCCCGUAAUCAUGAACCCGCUCUUCGUCUUUCCACUCAUUGCUUCCUACCUGUACUUCGUUAAAGUGGCCGGUCCCAGGUGGAUGAAGAACAGAGAACCCUUCGAAAUCACCAACAUCAUACGCGUGUACAACCUCGGCAUGGUAGCUCUCAACGCGAGGUUCCUCUACAUCCUUCUCAAGAAGACGUACCUACCAGGAGGACACUACAGCCUCUGGUGUCAAGGGAUCACCGGAUACAUGGACGAGGAGAUGAAAGGAUACUACGAAGGUGGUUGGUUCUUCGUAGCUGUGAAAUACGUGGACUUUUUGGACACCGUGUUUUUUGUGCUCCGAAAGAAGUUCACGCACAUCACGCAUCUGCACGUCAUCCACCACACCAUCGUUGCGCUUAACGUCUGGUACUGGGGUCUGUUCGCUCCGGAGGGACAACCGGCUCUGGGACUCGGCCUCAACGUGUUUGUGCAUAUCGUAAUGUACUCGUAUUAUUUUCUAGCAACGUUGGGUCCAAGCGUGCGUAAAUACCUCUGGUGGAAGAAGUACCUCACCAGACUGCAGAUCGCCCAGUUUGUCAUCAUCAUCCUUCACUUGUCCAUUCCUCUCUACGUAGACUGCGGCUUCCCGAGGUACCUCGUGUACCUGGGAAGCGCUCAGACUUUUCUCAUACUGUGCCUUUUUGUAAACUUUUACAUCCAAGCAUACAUUAGGCGAGCAAAUCCUGCCGUGAAGAGUGGACGUGUGGCGAACGGUAGCAAACCCGGCACCUCAAAACAGGACUAG